AGCAAUGCCCUCCAAAAAGAAUCCAGUUACCCUUUCUUGUCACUCACCCCUUGUUCGCCAAAAAUUCUAAUUUUCUCUCUUUAUCUUUAUCCUCUCACUAAAUGCAGCAGAGGCCUACAAGCUCAUCUCGAGCACCAGAAGAGAACUGUGUGAUCAAAGUGACACUGCCUAUUCAACAAGCAGCCAAAUACUCUCCAAGAAGCUCAAAAAUGGAUGAAUCUGCCCAACUUCCUGUCUACAAGAGAGAUAAUAAGGACAUUACAUACUCAAGAUUCGCCUCUGAGAAGUUGGUCCAUGCCAUUCCUGCUCUUGUCUUGCUCUGCCUCUUCACUCUCUGGUGGUUCUCUUACCCAGUAAACCUGGAGAUGAAGGAUGGCAAGAUUAUGGCAAUACAUCGUGUUGAGAUGCCAGAGCCUGUCGAUAAUAAUCAUGUCGAACUCGCCAUCUUGGCAUCUGCUAGAUCACCAGUUGCAUCUGUUCCUCAGAAUGCCACAGCAGCAAAUAAUGAAAUGGAAGCUCAUCCUGUAAGUAAAACCGGUUGACGGUAAAUCUGUGGUUUACUAGGAGAAAUGGUGAACAUUACAAAUGAAUAGUUUUGAUACCAAGAGUGCAUGAGUUGUUCGUUCUAUGAAAGUGUAAGACUAGAUAAAAGACAACUUGUAGCAUCUAAAAAUUUCUUAGCAAAAGCUAGGAUUGCUGGUGAACUUGUAUCAAAUUUACAUAGAUGGAAUAGAUCAAAGAAUGAAAAUUUGUAGGUAAAUUUUCUACUCGGUGAUGUGAAUUGAAAAUCUGAUAUAAAAAUUGAUGUUCUGAGUUCUAUUUCCAUUGA